CACGCUUUCGGCCCGGAAGAGUGCCGCCUUGUCCGCCUGCAGUACUCGCCAUGCCAAGCUGCUGCAGCACGGACCUCGAGGCACUGCAGUGAUCGGCAUCGAGACACUGCCGUAUCCGGCGUGGACGAACUGCAUAGCGGAACAUGCCUCGUCGCGGCGAGUGCUCGUCACUUUUGUCGGGGCGUGAGAAAAGCCAGCCGCUCUGCGAUUCCAACAGUCCGGCGCCUCUCUGCGAUUCCAACAGUCCGGGGCCCUCCUCUCGUUGUAUCUCUUCCUCACACUCCUCACGUCGCCAUCGACGUAGCGUGACUUUGCUGCGCGUCAUCUAGCGCUCGCGUUCACGCACGACUCGACGCUUCACACUCUCACCAUGGCAGUCCUGGGCGGCCUCCUGACGCGUGCAGCGGGUGCGCAGAAGCGCGAAGCCGGCAAGACGGCCAUCAUCGGCUGCAUCAUCGCCGUCAACGUGAUGCUCAGCGCGCUCUCCUGGAUCCUUCCCGACUUCUGGUUCGUCUUCAUGCCGUUCAUCGCCGGUGCAUGUCUCGUCAACUCGGCCAUGGUGCUUUCGCUGCUCGGCUUUUGGGCGGUGCGCCGCACGCGCGCGGCGCUCAGCAAGCGACGCAGCGAGACGGGCAUCGAGAAGGCCAAGCGCCAUGUGCCGGGACUGGAUGUGCGCGGCAUUGCAUUCGUCGUGCCGUGCUACAACGAGUCGCAGCAGGAGAUCGAGGACACACUGCACUCGCUUCUGGCACAGGAAGACAUGGAGCGGCACCGCCGCGUCUUUGUCGUCUGCUGCGACGGCCGCGUCAAGGCUCGCGGCGCCGAGAAGGAGACGUCGCGCAUCCUCACGGAGAACAUCUUUGCUCCCUCGAGCGGACGCUCGGUCGUCUACGUGCACACGACGUACCUCCGCGCCUAUCGUACCUGGCUCGGCGACUGGAUCGACAUUGAGUUCCAGUGCGGCAUGUACCACGGCGUGCCCUACAUUCUCCUCAUCAAGGCGGCCAACCGUGGCAAGCGCGACACGCUCAUCCUCGUCCGCUCGCUGCUGCACAAGUACAACCUGCGCGCCGACCCGCGCUCGACGCGCUACAGCGCCGAGUUCUUCGAGAGCUUCGCGCGGGCCAGCGCCGAAAUCAGCAUCUUCGAUUAUGACUACCUCGUAGGCACCGACGCGGACACGACGUUUGCGCCCGAGUGCUCGCGCCGCCUCAUGGCCACGCUCGAGGAGGACUCGAAUAUUGCAGGCGUGGCCGGCAUCGUGCGCGUGCGCUUCCGCGCCGGCAGUACCGGCUUCUGGACGCUCUACCAGCACGCCGAGUACCUGCGCGGCCAGGUGCUGCGGCGCCUGCACCAGAGCGAGGUGACGCGCCAGGUCACCUGCCUGCCGGGCGCCUGCCAGAUGUUCCGCGUGCGCGAGAGCACCUGCGGCGACCAGAUCAUGGCGCUCUUCGGCCGCCAUCCCAAGGACGACGACGGACUCUUCAGCGUCGUGCGCGCCUUCGGUGGCGAGGACCGCAAUCACGUCGCGCUGCUCUUCACGCUCUUUCCGAAGGACACGACCCGCAUCUGCGUUCGCGCACACAGCUACACCGACCCGCCGAUGAGCUGGAAGGUCUUCCUCUCGCAGCGCCGCCGCUGGUCGCUCUCGACACAGACGAACAACCUGAUUACCAUCUUCGGCCGCGGGCAGAACCACUGGGAGCGCAUCUGCUCGAUCAUCGACAUCGUCAUCUGGCUGAUCCCCGUGUUCAUCUUCAUCACCCUGGCUCAGGUGAUCCGCGCCUUUGUGCACCACUCGAACUUGCCUCUUCUGCUCGGCCUCUCGUCGCUCAUUGUUCUGCCGUGGCUGUGGACCAUCGCGUCGGUGUUCUGGGUGCCGAACGACGGCAAGGAACGCUGGCGUUACGUCGUUGGCCUCGUCCUACUCCUCUUCUGCGCCUCGGGCAUCAAUCUCGUCGUCACGGCGUACACCAUCUGGAACAUGACCGACUACUCUUGGGGCAAGACACGCGCCCUCGAGAAAGGCGAGGAGGACGCCGCCACGCCUGCGCCGCUGCCGACCGCCGCCACGGGCCCGGACACGGUCGACUGCCUCCCUACGCUGAGCCACGACCGGCGGCAGGCCACCGAUAGCGAUCACGACUCCGCUCUUCGGCACGACAUCGACAGCGACAAGGCUUCAAGCAAGUUUGAGCAGAGCUCCGCUCGCGACUCCGCCCACGAGCAAAGCCAGCCUCGUUCGUGAGGCGAUGUACCCAGAGCGAGGCUAUGCCUCCGAGACUCUUGAACACACACACCCCUCCGGGCCUUCCCACACACACCCUCUUUUUCGCACCCUGAUUCUGCCCGUGUCGCCU